AUGAGCCGAAAAUCAUAUGAGUCCUCAGCUCAUGUUGUAUCGAUGGAGCUGAAUGUCUCGCUUGAAACCCAAUCAGGCGUUUUCACAGAAAUUUUGGAAGCUCUUUCGUCUAUAUCUUCAAGACUCAAGAACGAUGCUCAUCACCGAGACCUGCUAGUUGCUGAUCUCAACGAACUGUCAAGACAAUGGCAACAUUUACAGGUGAUUUUGGAGUCUGGAUUUGAUCUCCAAUGUUCUUACGGAGAAGUGCUUGAGAAAUUUGCUGAUAUGGCCAGGGUCAAAAACGACUUCUACAUGGUGUUUCAAACAAUCGCGGUUAUCGAGUCUCGCUUGGUGGAGUUGCUGGACGACGUGGAAUCUAGCAUUACAGAAGAAGCCAAUAGCGAGGAUUUGAAUACAUUGAUAGACAGUUUCGAGGACUGUUGGAUGAAACUUGAUCGAUUAAAGAUCCUGCUUCGAUCUUCGAGAUACACUUUGGAAAGCGGAUUAGAAUUCAACGCGAUUUUAAACGACAAUAUCCUGGCACUCGAUGCUUUGAUAGAUGGAAAUGCUGAGAAGUGCUUCGAGAUUAAAGAGGGCCUGAAAAGCUCAGAAAUUUCGCGGACUUCAUUCGGCAGUGAAAAGAGGGUCAGUAGUGUGCUUUCAGAGUGUGCUGAAACGGGAUUUGCUCGAGUGCCUACCCUUCUCGAGGAAUCUGAUCUUUUCGAAAAGUUCGUCACUAUCAGAGACACUAUGGAACCACUUGAAGAGAACCUGCGUCACACAUUGCACCACAGGAUAGAGCAGUUUGGCAGUCGCAAAAUCAAUUACGCGGAAUCCUUGGUUAACAUUUUGAGGGCGAAAUACAACGAAGUCUGUCAGAAACACGAGUCACUGUUGAUUGUUUUCCAUCUGCUUCAGGAAGAGCUUGUCAAUUCUCGCUGGAAGGAGCUCUUCAAAAGUUUGAACAAAAUUAUUGAGCAGGAUAUUUCGGCCGCUAGUGCUAUGGUCACCGAAUUGGUGACGCUUUCAAAAAUAGGGACUUUGGAACGUGCAAAACUCCUUUCAUUACAGCGGGAAAUUGAGAACAACUUCAAUAUUGUAUAUCAAGCUCUCCAUAGCUCUGUGUUGAGCGUCGAUGUGGCAGAUCAAUCCAACGAGCUAGCCAACCGGUGGCUUGACGUUGGAACACAAAUUGAAGAAUUGUGCUCACAAGCAAAUGCGGAAGAAGAUCUGGCAUCCGGUAUCCAGAAGUUGUCUCUGCGGCAGGAGGAAUCUACCGAAAAACGGCCAACACAAGCACGCUCCUCCAGCGUUGGCGCCCUUCUCUUCAAGCGCAUGAAUAUUAAACCUGUCAUGGUUGAUACUACACCCAAGUCUGCAGUGAAGACUAAACCACUAUACCAACCUUCAUUGAAGUCACAACCCGCUCGCCUGAAUUUUGAAAGUAUCCCAAACCUUUCACAGCCCAACGCUAGUAAUUUGAAAAAAGGUAGCAGCAUUUUGAGUCCAAUCAAGAGUGCAGAAUCUGACCCAAUGGAUGAAGUAUCUACAACUGAGCUACUGCAACAGAAAAUCGUCCAUUUUUCGAGUUUAAAGUCGCGAAUUCCCGUCUACCGUUGUCAUCAAUCCAAUAUCGCAAACUCGAUAACAGUCCAUCUAUCAGAUCCGAUGAAAGUGGUGCUUAAGAGUUCAAAUCUGUUUUCUCUCGAGUCCGAAGUAUUCAGAAAGUGUCAGCUUUCAUCUUCGUGCUUACCUAAGCUGCAGCUAAGUUGA